AUGUGGGAUGCUGAACGCACGUAUCAAGCUGGUCGAGCGAAUCGCCGAGAUCGAUUGAGAGUGCGAAUGAUCGUCACGGUCCAACGCAGAAGGGUGUGGAGAAGCCCGAGUCGUGGCUGUAUGAUCCAGCGUGUGCACCGUAGGAUCGAGUUCGAGUAA